CUGUCAAACGCCGCAGUCGUGCUGUCAAACACCAGCAAAACUACGUUCUUUUUGUUUGUACUCGACCGCGGUCAAAAUCGGAAAACCAUAAAAGUUAUUUCCUUUUUAUUCGGUAAACACCGGCUGUUCGCGCUCGGUUCUACCAACAGUGAACGCAUCCGUUUGUGGUGGUAUUGUGUCCGUAGAUGUUGCACCACUUGUCGCCGUUCCGCAGCACAGCACAGCACCACCAGCAGCAAAUUGAUCCGGCACGGCAACAGCAGCAACAACUACGCCGACGACUACGAUGAAUCCGGUUUCCCUGUACAUCACAACGUCCCGGCUUGUGUUUCAAAGUGAAUGUGGUGGCAUUGGCGGCGGAGGAGACGCCGGACUGGGGUUGGAUUCUGGCGCCUUCAGCAGUAACAGUGCAUUUGCCGAUUUGAACCGGCUGCUGCCGUACCUGAGAAAGAGUCUAAGCUGUGCCGUUUGUUGCCGGCUGCUUAUCGAACCGCACACUCCGGCCGAAUUGAACUGUCAGCACCACGUCUGCCGAGGCUGCGUCGGCGAACGAAAGAAACUGAAACCUUCCUGCGCUUCCUGUAAAGAUUACAACCGAUAUGUCGAGAAUAAUCAGCUGCGAAUGUUGCUGCAGUGUUACAAGAGCAUUUGCGAGUAUAUUAAAACGAAACCGUUCUUCACCGAAAUACGACGGCAAGCUGGUGGCAGUGGUUCCACCAUGAAUGGAAUUUCCGUUGCCAUUAUGGGCCCCAACGGUCAACCCCAGCAGCAAUCGCAACAAAAUGCAAUCUCCGUACCGAGUAAUCUUUACGAACUGAUCGAAGAGGGCGCCCAAUUCCAGGAUAACUAUAAGUGUAGCUCCGGGCUGACCAGGUCGGCCUAUUCGAUUUUACCCUGCAUUUAUCCGGUGCCCCCGGUAACGGUGACGGCACCCUCAACACCGCCCGCGUCAGCAGCAAAUCAACAGCAGAUGCUUGUGACCUCAAGUACGGGAGGCCUUCCAAAGAUGCUUCCGUCCAGUACUAGCCUCGACAAGCAGUCCUAUAAAACCAGCGCGUGUCCAAUCACGAUCCUGGAUAAGCAACAAAUGCAAACGCAACCGAAUCAGAGCGCAAUUCAAAAACACAAGCAACAACAACAGCAGCAGCAGCAGCAACAACAACAACAGAAAGAGAUUAGAUUCCGCUCAGCACCCAUCAAGACUGUCUCGAACGGUUCGACCAUGUACUCGGUCCUGUAUGCCGGCAAUGGGAACAAAAUCACGAUCAAGCGUAAAAUGGAUCCACCGCAUGUGCAGCGGAGAGCAACGCUGCACACCCUGGACAAGGACGGCCAGAUAAAACUGCAGAAAACUUUGGCCGAAAAUUCCGCCACCAUCGCGCGCUUCAAAAUGCCUCCGGUGGCGAAUGCCGUCUCGAUUCCGGUCGUCGGUUCAAUGGUCACUAGUGGUCCUGGAAUUACUGCUGGAGCUAGCAUUGGUGGGACCGCUGGUAGCGGGGGAAAUUCCCUUACCGGUGGCAGUGGGAAUCCUGGUGGAACGAACAGUGCUGCGGCGGUGGGGAAACAGAACGCUAAACAGUUGCUGAAGAGACGCGGCUGUCGUUGCGGGAAUGCAACGGCCACCCCCGGGAAGCUGACCUGCUGCGGCCAGCGGUGUCCCUGCUACGUGGAGUCCAAGUCCUGUGUGGACUGCAAGUGCCGUGGCUGCCGAAAUCCACAUCGAGCCGAUGGAAUGAAGGUACGUCCCCACAUUCCAGAAUUGCAAAACAUCGAAAUCAAUCUACACAACGCAUCCGCUGGAGGUGAUACUCUCAGUACGGCCAGUACAACCGUGCUGGCAUCUCAGAUAGCCAGCAGUAGUGGCAGUAGUAGUAACAGUAGCAACAGCAGUAGCAGCAGCGGUAGCAGCACCAACAUCGUCACUAUCAAUCAACCGUCAACGCACGCGGUUGGGUUGAGUGCCGGCAAAAGUCUCGCCCAGUACGGACUACCAGGGACGGCUGCAAGUUCGACCCUUAAAAUUACCCCCACUUCAAUAGCGAACGUACUAACCGGAAGCUCCGGUGACGGAAUGGAACUGGUCCCAAGCGGAGGAUUACUCGAUUCCAAUGGUUUCAGUUAUCUGACACCGGCGGCUUCAAGUCUGGACGCUAGUGGGAUUAUUACGACAGGUUCAGUAGCCGUCAGUGGGGGAGCCACCACUCAAUACGCCGUCCCGGCCAGUAGUCUCGCCAACGGAGGCACGAUACACGUGGUCGGUGUGUACACGACCCACCUCGGAGACGUUAGCUGCAGCCCUACGCUGUCGAAUAUGAUCCGCACGGACAGUGGUCUCAGCAGCUUAUUGACGCAUAAACCUCCGGAUGCGUUGCUCACGCAAUCUUCCCUCAAUUCACUCAGCUUGAGCACUCCAACCAACCUGCUGGACCAUUCGCUUUUCAAUCCCGUCACGACAACCGCCACAAUGACGGCUCCGGCAGCCAUCGGACACAGCAGUGAUGUCUCUACGGCAGCUGGAACGCUCGAUUUGACCGGUAUGAGCGAUCAGUUGGACCUCAGCGGAGCGAAUCUAAUCACAAUCGAUGGAUCGCCGGACGAUCGGUUGCACGGUUACGACGUCUGAAACCGGGUGUAGGAGGUGUGCAUGAGCAUGCGAGUGUGUAAGAGAUAGUGUACAAGAGGAAGAGUGUAUCCUACUUUUCCUUCCUUUCUUUUCCCCGGGAAUAUCAAACAUUUUUAACUACAUGUUUAGUUCGUAGCGCUGUUUUCAACGAGGGGCCGCCCCUCCUCGGUAACUGCAUUAGGUUUCUCCGCUACUUUGUCGAUAUCUAUCUGAUAAGUGGUAGGAUAAUAUUGUACAACUACAAUUACUUGUAUUAUGGCUAUCGGUGUACUGUACAAAGAGGUCAAGCCAGAAUAAGAGGAAAGGACAAAACAUAUAUCAUGUCUCAUCCAAAGUGGUCCAACUUCGAGGUCGGUCCCCGAAGUAUGCGUGUAUGCUUAUCGUAUCGUCGUAAGCUCUGUGUAGGAGAGUACAUAGUGAGUUGUUCGUUAACAGCCCCGUCUCCCCCGCUCUGAAGAAUAAAAUUGAAGAAAAAAAAUAACACGGUUUGUACAAUCUAUAGAUUUUGUACGCUCCGUAGCCUUUUGCCGUGAUGAAGAUGUUUCCCACUGCCACAACUGGUGGGUGACUUAGAAAUUAACUUAAAUUAAAUAAAU